AUGAACCGGAUAAUGCAAGCACCGUACGAUGCUACGGUCCGGUUCGCGCUAUCUUCGCUGGAGCGAAAUUUGCUACCGGAUGCGGUUGUACGGAGGCUGACCCGCCUGCUCUUAGCAAGUCGUCUUCGAUCCGGUUACAAGCCUACCUCUGAGCUCCAACUCUCUGACCUCCUCCAGUUCGUACAGUCUCUGAAGGAGAUGCCCAUAGCCAUAAAGACUGAUGACCCGAAAGCUCAACAUUAUGAAGUGCCCACAUCUUUUUUCAAAAUAGUGCUUGGAAAAAAUCUCAAAUACAGUUGUUGUUACUUCACUGAUGGGUCAAGCACCCUGGAGGAAGCUGAGAAGGCAAUGCUGGAGCUUUACUGUGAAAGGUCACAGAUAAAAGAUGGUCACGCUGUUCUUGAUGUUGGGUGUGGCUGGGGAUCUUUGUCUUUGUACAUUGCACAGAAAUAUAGCAACUGUAAGGUUACAGGGAUUUGCAAUUCAACAACACAAAAGGCUUUCAUAGAAGAGCAAUGCCGGAAUCUUCAGCUGCAGAAUGUAGAGAUCAUAGUCGCAGAUAUCAGCACAUUUGAGAUGGAAGCAUCCUAUGACCGAAUAUUUUCGAUCGAAAUGUUCGAGCAUAUGAAGAACUACAAGGAUCUUCUGAAGAAGAUUUCCAGGUGGAUGAAACAGGAUGGCCUUCUGUUUGUUCAUCAUUUCUGCCACAAAGCAUUUGCUUACCAUUUUGAGGACAAUAGUGAAGAUGACUGGAUUACUAGGUAUUUCUUCAGUGGGGGCACAAUGCCUUCAGCAAAUCUACUACUUUAUUUUCAGGAUGACGUUUCCAUUGUCAAUCAUUGGCUUGUUAAUGGGAAACACUAUGCACAGACAAGUGAAGAGUGGCUUAAGAGAAUGGACCAGAAUAUGGCUUCCAUAAAACCAAUUAUGGAGUCAACUUAUGGAAAGGAUUCGGCUGUGAAGUGGACCGUAUAUUGGAGAACAUUCUUCAUUUCCGUUGCAGAACUCUUUGGGUAUAACAAUGGAGAAGAGUGGAUGGUUGCUCAUUUCCUAUUCAAGAAGAAAUGA